UCGGCUCGGCUCGGCUCGGCCCGGCCCGGUUCGGCUCGGUCCGGCUCGGCUCGGCUCGGGAUGAGGAGGAAGGACCAUGUCCAGCGACGGCGGCAGGAAGCAGUUCUGGAAGCGGAGCAGCUCCAGGGUCCCGGGCAGCAUCCGACAUGUGUACGGAGCCCAGCACCCUCCUCUGGAUCCGCCGUCGCCCGGCACGUCGGCGAAGCCCGGGCCCCCGGCGCCCCCGGCCAAGCCGAAGAGAGCCGGCAGCUUCCAGGAGUUUGAGAGCGAGACGAGCGACGCGUGGGCCGUGGGCGACGACGAGGACGAGCUCCUCGCCGUGGCCGCCGAGAGCCUCGGUUCCCGGGUGGUGAUGGAGACGGCCCGGCGGGUCCUGCGCGACCACAGCCUCCGGCAGGAGCGGCGCCGGCGGCGGGAGGACCCCCCGCGGCCCCCCGGGCCCCCGGCCCCCGCCGGCGAAGGCCCCGGGCCCCACCCCGCAGGGCCGGGCGGUCCGCGGGCCCGAGGCCGGCGGGCUGAGCGGCCCCUCCCGUGUCCCCUCGCAGGUGGCGCGAGGGAGAGCGUCCCCCCGCAGAGGUCGCGGUCCCUGCCCCCGACGCCCUCGGCCCCGCCGCCCCGCGGCCCCGCGGCCCCGCCCGGCCCCCCGGCCCCGAGCGACAGGGAGGCCUUCCGCCUGGACAAGUUUCAGCGGCUCCUCGCCGGACCCAACACCGACCUCGACGAAUUACGGAAGCUGAGCUGGUCCGGGAUCCCCAGGCCGGUCCGCCCCGUCGCGUGGAAGCUCCUCUCGGGCUACCUGCCGGCCAACGUGGAGCGAAGGAGAGGGACCCUCCAGAGGAAGCAGAAGGAAUACUUCGCCUUCGUCGAACAGUACUACGACUCCAGGAACGACGAGACCCACCGGGACACGUACAGACAGAUCCACAUCGAUAUCCCACGCACGAGCCCCGAAGCACUGAUUCUUCAGGCGAAGGUCACCGAGAUCUUCGAACGGAUUCUCUUCAUCUGGGCCAUCCGACACCCAGCCAGUGGCUACGUCCAGGGCAUCAACGACCUCGUCACCCCUUUCUUCGUCGUGUUCCUGGGCGAGCACACAGAAGCGGAAGAGGUGGAGACUUUGGAUAUCUCCAGCCUGCCCGAGGAAGCGCUGCGUGACAUUGAAGCCGACAGUUACUGGUGCAUGAGCAAGCUGCUCGAUGGAAUUCAGGACAACUACACGUUCGCCCAGCCCGGGAUCCAGAUGAAGGUGAGGAUGCUGGAAGAGCUGGUGAGCCGGAUCGAUGAGCCCAUCCAUCGACACCUGGAUCGGCACGAGGUGAGAUACCUGCAGUUCGCCUUCCGGUGGAUGAACAACCUGCUGAUGAGGGAACUCCCGCUCCAGUGCACGAUCCGCCUUUGGGACACCUACCAGUCUGAACCAGAGGGGUUUUCGCAUUUCCACUUGUACGUCUGUGCAGCUUUCCUCAUGAGGUGGAGGGAAAAGAUCCUGGAAGAGAGAGAUUUCCAGGAGCUGCUGAUCUUUCUCCAGAACCUGCCCACAAUGUCCUGGGGGAACGAAGACGUGAGCCUCCUCCUCGCCGAAGCCUACAAACUCAAGUUCGCUUUCGCCGACGCGCCCAAUCACUAUAAGAAGUGACGCCGUCGGAGGCUCCGGAGCUCCGGUCGGACCUCCUCGGCCCCGGAGUCUCCGUCUUCGCCCGCCGUCGGGAGCCCCCACCUCUCGGCCCCUACCAAAAAUCCCCUCAGGCCUGUCCCUUGGGGGGCCCUCCGAGGAAGCCGGACGGGCUCCGGGCAGCCGGCAGGGACUCCACAGUUCGCCUUUAACUUAAGAGCAAAGUCUCGCCUUCCUCGUCUUCCACACCCGGGGCCGGGGGGAGAGCCUGUUUCUCUGCGCGGGGUGACGACUCCGGGGCCAAACCUUCCCCCCCCCCCCCCCCCCGAGAGCCGACGGGGUCCUUCAAUCCUUCGUCCGGGAAGAAAACGCUCUCUAAGGGCAGCGGCGUCACGGCCAGCCGAGGGAGGGAGGCGGGACGGGACCCCGGCUCUUCAGAACCGGUUUUUGUUCCCCGUUCCCAACCUGGGAAGUCUGCUUCUCCAAUGGGGCUGAGAAUCAGAUCGACGGCUGAAAAGAAGCUCUAGGCUCCCAUGAUAAAUAGCCGGGGCUGCCUUGGCCACCCUGUGGGAGGUGCCUCAAAACGAGAGGCGCGAAGCUUUCCUUCGUAGAAGACGGUGUAACGGUCGGGGGGAUAGAAUUCAUCCAAGUGGCUGGGCGAACGUGCUGUCUCUCAGGGGCCUCACGGUUCAAGUCCCGACUCCAUCCUUCCCUGCCGUGGCCCCGUUUUUCCAUUUCCAGCGGUUGGGAGAAGGAACCGAGACCCCCCUCCCCGCCCGACGAUGGCCAGCAAGGUCCCGGUCUGCUCUCUGGUGUUGGAGGAGAAGCCUACUACGUGACUUCCACAGCCUCUUCCCGAAGGACUCUGUGACAGAAUUGCUUUCUCAGAAAGGCCACAGAUUACUGCGUAUUCCACCGGGCUUCCCGGACCGGGGGCGGAACCCACUUAGGUGCCCCCCACCCCCACCUCUUUUUAAAAAAAUCUAAGCCAAGCUAGAAAUCAAAGUCUUGCAAAGAAUCAUGAUCUCCCUCCCUCUUAUUCGACUCUGCGCUAUCUAUUCUCGGAGCCGACGCACGUACCUGGGCUCUUGGCUUAAUACCUUAGCUUGGCCCCGAGGGAUGCUGGAAGAACCGGCCCUCUACGGUUUAAGGGGGCCAUCUCUUUAGGGCAGAUUUUCCCGGGGUGUCGUGGGGGUCACUUCCGCGAUGCUGUCGGAGGGAUGGCCCCACCGCGGUCUCUCCGUCCUGAGCUUCGACUAGCUGCAUUUUGCGGGUCUUCCUUCUCUCCUCUCUUUUGGAGUCUCCCAAUGUCCGGACAAGACUCCGGCGGCGGGGAGAAUGAGAUACGCCAUUCUCCGUCCCUAAGACGUCAUGAUCCAUCCCCCAAAAGACAACUCUGAACACGUCCCGCAAAACAGACGGGAAACACCACCCGCAGCCUAACCGCAUUUCAUCUCCUCGUCUGGGCCGACGACAGGGAUCGAUAUUCGGGUCGGAAGUCCGGGGACCGGAGAGGCCGGAGUGUUUGUGGCCGCAAGAGGGAGAAUCCGCAGUCACUUCAAAAUCCUGGCCCGGUCUCCACGAUCUCAUUCGUCUUCUGUCCGGUAAUGAUAAUAUAAUACGGAAAUGAUCUCUCUGUUUACAAGGAAUGUCACGCCGUGACUGACAGAUGCACGGAAACCGGCUCUUAUUACCGAAGCUGUCACCCCCAGAGCAUCUGUCGACAGAUCUUGGCUUUAAGAACAAAGAUUCCCUCUACGUGAAAGCAAAAGACUCAGAGCAGCCAAGGUGACUUUUUUUAUAGUGAACUUUUUUAUGAAGAAAGUGAUCCGGGAGUUCCAGGUCACACGAGGAGGCGGCUCGAAGAAACGCGCGGAUGUCAGGUGCCGUGAACGUGAAGUUGCAGUUGCGGCGACGGAGUCGUCUUUUUUAAACGCCUUAGGCCGUGACCGUGCUUCCCACCGAGUGCUCCAAAUUCCAGUCUUCUACGGCAUACCUUCCGCCGGGGAGAGGCGCGCACGUAGUCCGUAUCGUUUUUCUACGAACGAGGAAAAUAUCGUACGUCAGUAGUGCUAGGCAGCGUCCCCUCGAGGACCGCUCUCCGCUUCCUUUGGAGACGGUGUGGUUUGAAUUUGAAGACCAGUUAACAUGUGGCUUCGUCUCCACUAGUCUAUAACGCCUUGAUUUAACCCAAGGGAGUUAAAAGUUUCUAAAGGAAAUAUGUUUUUGUGGCUCAGGUGCCUUUCCGUCCCAACCAAACUGUUGGCUUUAAAUAGAAAUUGCCCCUUUCUCUCCAGACAAUGGCCCUUAUACAUAUCUUCCCCGGGGACGGGACUUUUAAGACGUCCCUGAAGAAACGUAGUCGACAUCGGGUUCUGAAAUGCGAAUAUCUGGGUCCGAAAAGCAGUCCGAUCAAAAUCGCGCGUCGUCGAUCCCAACGAGAAAACCAAUAUAGGGAAUACCAGGCCUCCGUUAUUUGAUUCGAAGGGAUUAAAAGUGUAAUUAAAUGUGUAAAGAAGCUGACGGGGAAUUUGGAGCCUGAAUGGGGGCUACGCCUCUUUGUCGCAUAACUAAUAUGGGUUUGGGAACUCCUCUUUACUGAUCUAAUUUCUUACAGCAGAGCUUAUGAGCUUGUGUUUAACUUCGAAACCGUGAAAUAAAACGGACAGUGCAAACGGU